AUGUCAGAGCUAGCACUCGGCCAAACCAUCCAACUCAGCGAUGGCCGCAUUGGUGUCGUCCGCUUUGUCGGCGCCGCCCACUUCGCCCCGGGCGAAUGGGUCGGCAUCGAGCUCGAAGAGGACUCCGGGAAGAACGAUGGCAGCGUCCAGGGCGAGCGGUACUUCGACUGUGUCAUGGGUCAUGGCAUGUUCGUCCGUCCCACCACCUUGACCAUCAUGGCCCAGCCACCUCCCCCUCCAGCAGCUGCCGCAGCGAAACCCCUGGUCCGCAAACCCAGUAGACCCAGCAGACCCAGCAGCUUCGCCCCGGCCACCGGUAGGGUAACGAGUACGGGAGAUGCGAGUCUGAGCAAACGGAUGAGUCUGAAUGCCUCUAGUCCCAGCCCGGCACCGCGGGUGACUCGUCCGACCAGUAUUGGGAGGUCCCCUACAAAGUCUCCUACGAAACAACUCGGUUCGGCCAACUCCAGCAAUGUCCCGUCUCGCACCGGCACCCCUCUUAACACCCGCGGCGCCAUUACCGGUGCCACCAAGAUUCGUCCGUCUGUCGGAGGCGCCCGCACCUCCAUGGGACCUCCUCCCGUCCACACGUCCCGCGUAUCCCGACAACCAUCCAUUUCUUCCACAACAGCACGCCCCGGGUCUGGGGCUGCCGCAAGACCCUCGAGCACCCGGCUCUCUCUCGCCGGUCGUGCUGUUUCGAAAGCGGAACCGGUACGGCGGCCAUCAGUCGACUUGCAAGCUGGCAGGCGACCCGGCACGGGAACCGAUGGAGAGGGUGGUGGUGGUCCUGGUGGUGGCGCCACAUCGCCCUCUAAGGGAGCCGCUGGCAGGCCGUCGCCACCCAUCACAAGCCCCGUACAGGCGAGGACCAGAGCGUUGGAGAGUAGGACAGCAACAACAACAACUGCGGCCGCCGCUCGGACAGCCACAGUGGCAGCCACAGCCACAGCGGCGAACAACACUGCCGUCGCCCGGGAGAACGAAGAUCUCAAGGCCAAGCUGAGGGUGAUGGAGCGGAAGAGGCUGGAAGACCGCGAGAAGCUCAAGCAGCUUGAGAAAGUCCAAGAAGAGCGGGACAAGUACGAGACCAUCAUCCAGAAGCUGCAGGCCAAGUUCCAACCUCAGCAAGCCGAGAACGCGGAGCUGCGGAAACAGCUGAAAGAAGCCGAGGCCAUGUUGGAGUCCGUGGAACAACUCCAGGCCGAGCACGAGACCACCCUGGAGCUCGCCACCUUGGAUCGGGAGAUGGCCGAGGAGACGGCCGAAGUAUUAAAAGCCGAACUGGACGCACUGAAACAGAAAACCGAAGAACUCGAGCUGGAGGUCGAGAUCCUGCGCGAGGAGAAUCAGGAGUUCUCCAACGGCAUGACGCCCCAGGAGAGGUCCAGCGCCGGCUGGCUGCAGAUGGAAAAGACCAACGAGCGUCUGAGGGAAGCCCUGCUACGCCUGCGAGACUUGACACAAGCACACGAGGCCGAGCUCAGGGACCAAAUCAAGAUGCUGGAGACCGACCUGCAAGAGUACGGCGCCGUCAAGGCGCAGUUUGAGACGGCCAAGGAGAAACUCGCGCAGUCCGAGACCACGGUCGAAGACCUUCGACAACAGCUGGAUAACGCCCUGGGCGCGGAGGACAUGAUCGAGGACCUGACGGAGCGCAACAUGAGCAUGGCCGAGCAGAUUGAGGAGCUCAGGGCCGUCGUCGAGGACCUGGAGAACCUCAAGGAGAUCAACGACGAGCUCGAAAUCAACCACGUCCAGAACGAAAAAGAGCUGCAGGAGGAGAUUGACUUCAAGGACAGCGUCAUCGCCGAGCAAGCGCGCCGCGCCGCCCAGCAGGAGGAGGCCAUCGAGGAUCUGGAGUACACGCUGUCCCGCUUCCGAGAGCUGGUCACGAGCCUGCAGAGCGACCUAGAGGAUAUGCGCGCCUCCAAUGCCGUCACCGAGGCCGAGUCGGAACAGCUCGACACCAAGUCGCGUGCCAUGAUGGACCUGAACAUGAAGCUCCAGAUCUCCGCCGCCAAGACCCAGGUCAAGACCAUCGACCUGGAGCUCCGGAGACUCGACGCCCAGGAAGCCGAACAGCACCUCGAGAUUGUCAAGCUCUUCCUGCCCGAGACGUACGAGGAGGAUCGGAACUCGGUCCUCGCCCUGCUGCGCUUCAAGCGGGUGGCCUUCAAGGCCGGUCUGCUGCAGGGCUUCCUCAAGGAACGUGUCAACGCCCAGCCGCACCCGCACCCGGGCCACGAGGACGACGUCUUCUCCGGCUGCGACGCCAUCGACAAGCUCACGUGGGUGGCCGCCAUGUGCGACCGCUUCGUCAGCGCCAUCAGCCACUGCCCGCUGGAGCAGUUCCACCGCUUCCAGGGCGCGCUCUUCGAGCUCGAACCCGUCGAGCGGGCCCUCAACGGCUGGAUCGACGGCCUGCGCCGGGACGAACUCAAGGAGGAGAAGUGCGCGAGCGAGCUUCAGCGCUCCAUCGCGCUCAUGUCUCACCUCGCCGAGGUGCAUAUCCCCACCGAUGACAACCCGCGCGGCUUCGUCGACGACGUGCACAUGCGCGCCGUCGUCUUGCAGAGCCAUCUCGAGUCGGCAGCCGCCACCAUCACGACGGCCCGGGCCAUGGUGCAGAGGGUCGUGCCGUUGGCGUGGGAGAACAACGAUAGCGGAGGAGGAGAAGGAGGAGAAGGAGAAGCAGAGAGCGACGAGCUGGCCCAGCUAUUCGCCAAAAAAACCGAGUUCAUGGUCAGCCAGACCCGCGGCGCCAAAGUCAUCGCUGGCAAGGCGGUGCGUGCGCUGGAGGACCUCAAGACCCGGUCCCUGUCGCUGGUGCCGGAUCCCGGUACGCAGGAAGCCUUCGAGCAAUGCGAAGAGGCGGCCCGGGCCCUCGCUGCGCUCGCCCGCGACAUCGGGGUCGACCUGCACGCGCUUCUCCACGAGGAGGGCCGCACCGAGCCGUACACCUACGCGGAGGUCCAGGACACGAUGACGAAGACGUCGAUGGCGGCCACAUCGUCGAGCGAACCCGACAUCUUCACGGCCUUCGCAUCCAAACUCCGCGUCGUCGCCCAGAAGAUCACCGACCUGGCGGCGCUGAGCAGCGACCUCACCCAGGUACAGGAAUUCGACGUGGAACCGGCGCCCUGGAAGCUCCGAGCGGCGGAGCUCAAGGCGCUCAAGACGAUCCCCGUCGACGCCGAGGAGGAACUGCGGCGCGUCAAGGAGGAGCACAACGAAGCGCGGCGCACGAUCGCGCAGCGCGACGAGAGCCUCAGCACGGCGAUGCUCAAAAUCGAGACGCUCGAGUCGCGCAUGCGGGACGCGCACGCCAAGGCGGCGCGGAUGGAGGCGCUGGAGGCGCAGAUCGAGGCGGCGCAGCAAGGGGCGGCGGCGCUCCGGGACGACAUGGAGAAGCAGGACCGCGAGCUCAAGGCGCUCGAGGCGGAGCGCGAUGACUGGAAGAAGCUGGUGGGCGACGGCAAGGCGUUCGCGGGCGGCGCGGCGUCUUCUUCUUCUUCGGCGGGCGGCGACGCGGCGCACCAGUCGGGCCAGGCGCGGGAGCGGGCGGUGGCGACGGCGACGGCGACGGCGCGCGAGAUGGACGCGCUCAGGGCGGACGUGGCCAGCCUGCAGACGGCGGUGCGGUACCUGCGCGAGGACAACCGGCGGGCGAGGACGACGGAGCAGCGCGACUACGACUGGCUCGCCGAGCCGCUGCGCAGGGCGCCCUCGGCGGCCGAGCGGCGGCGGGCGCUGGUGGCGGCGGAGGGCCGGGACGUCCUGGGCGAGCUGGUGCGGUUUGCCACGGGGGCGAGGGUGUACGACCUCGGCGGUCUGCCGGUCGACAAGCUGGCGUGGCGGCCGGCCAGGAGCACGGCGCAGUACCAUGCGGCCAAGCAGAUGGAGGAUCUGGCGGCGUGGAAGGGAUGGAGGGAUUCGGUGGCGGACAAGUCGGAAGUGGUGCUGGGCCGGAAGAAGGGCGGCGGCGCUGCCGGCGGUCUCGGUGGCGAUGCCAGGAAGAGGGCCGAGACCCUGCGGCGCAACGCGGCGGCUGCGAGGUUGCAGGUUCGACUUCCCGGGUCGGAUGGCAAGAUGAUGCCUGGCAGUGGACGACAUGUUCAGAUUGUGGGGUCUCAGGAGUGGGAGGGAUUGCAAGGCCGGUUGGCGGCUGUAUGA